CCAACAAAAUAAUCGCCCACUGUUUUCUUCUUCCUCCUUCUCCCAUGGCGCCAACCCAUACCAUAUCGAUCCUCAUAACCCGCGUAAACGCAGAGACGGCUGUAGAUUGACCAUCUCUAAUCGACAGCUCGUUCUAUCGAUUCUUUCCGGUAACGAAAUCUUUCUUCUUCUUCCUCUUGGAAAUUUUUCUGUGCUGGUUUCUGUUUCAGGAUUGUAGUUUCGAUUUUCAUCUUUUCUCUGUAACCUAACAACCAUGAGUUCGAUCACAUCCUUUAGAAAUGCUUCUCCGUACUAUAACUGCUUCUCGAAAUCAUCGAAACGCUAUAAUCGUUCGAACAUUGAGUAUCAAUCGAAACUCGUGAUUGGGAAUGUGAAAUACUUCCGGUUCAAAUCUCUGAAAUGCAUUCGAUAUUGUGAUUCUGAUUCUAAUUCUGAUUCAAGUUCCUCGAUGAUAAUGCGAUCUCAAAAACCUAGCGGAAUGAUACCUGAACUCGUCGCUGAUAAACUUGAACGGCUUGUGAGUGAAUUCGAGGCUCUUGAAAAGCCGAUUGAUCGAGUGAAGAAGCUUUUGCAUUACGCUACGUUUCUGUCUCCAAUGGAUGAAUCGGCUCGGGUUUCUGAAAACAGAGUCGCAGGAUGUACGGUUGAGGUAUGGUUGGAAGUGAAAAUGGACGAUAAUGGAAGGAUGAGAUUCAAAGCGGACAGCGAUUCUGAAAUUACAAAAGGAUUCUGUUCUUGCUUGAUAUGGAUGCUGAACGGGGCGGAGGCUUCGGAGGUUUUGGCAGUGAAGAUUGAGGAUUUGGCGGCCAUGAAUUUGGGGUCUCCGAUCAAGGCGCAAUCCAGAGUAAAUACUUGGCAAAAUGUGUUGAUUAGUAUGCAACAAAGAACCAGUGAUUUAGUUUCAGAGAAAAAUGGAGAAUCGCCUUAGGAGUUCUUGUUCCUUCCCACUGCCAUUAAUGGCGAAGAUUUUGGUAUAGACAAGCAAGCAA